AUGUUCUAUUAUCAUCAAUUAACUUCUUAUAUUGAAGUACUUGAUCAAAAGGCAAAUGAUUUUAACAAAUAUGCAAUAUGUUUAGCUUGUCUUAAAAUAAAAAAUCGUCCUUAUGCUCUUGAAAAGCAAUUUACUAAUACUAAAAAAUGUUAUGAUACAGACAAUGAAGCAAUUAUGCAAAAGCAUCAAGAAAAAAGAUUUUGUAUACAUAAAGAUAAUAAUAAUAGAUUAUCAAAUUAUGCAUUAAAAAGUGUUUUACUUACAAGUUCUGGUAAAGUUUUGGUUCAGCAAACAAUUAACAUUAAUGGUGAAAGAGCACAUACAGAAGAAGUAAAAAAUAAAAUUAAUGAAAUUACAAAAAGUGUAACAAAUAAAGGAAUAAAAGUACCAGCAAUUGUAACUGAUAGUCAUUCAUCAUAUGCUGCAGCAAGAAAACAUCUUCAA